AUGACUUACAACGUACUGAUUUCCGGAGCCAACAAGGGCAUUGGCUACUCCUUCGUGGGAAAAUAUCUCGGUCGCCCUAACAUAACAGUCAUAGCCACUGUUCGCAAUCCCAACUCUGCAGAGGCGAAGAGCCUUCAUGACCUUCCCUUGGCUAAAGGCAGUAAUCUCAUCGUUGUGAAGAUCGAAAGCACAUCCGAUACAGACGCUCAAGAAGCCAUUGCCAGCCUCGCUAACCACCAGAUCACGUACCUUGACCUUGUGAUCGCAAAUGCCGGGCUAUACGCGACCAACGCUUUUGUUGAAGUGUCCAAGAUUCGUAGCGAGGACUUGAUACAGCACUUCAACGUCAACACCGUCGGGCCCCUUCGGUUAUACCAAGCCACAUCGUCCUUGUUGCAGAAAUCUCAAAAGCCGAUUUUCACUUACAUCAGCACUGCUGUUGCAUCCAUAUCGAUGCAAGAAUAUUUUGACUUUCCUAUGGCGACAUAUAGUGCUUCCAAAGCUGGGAUGAACCUUCUUACCUACCGUAUUCACAUCGAGAACCCGUGGUUGGUCUCUUUCGCGGUACAUCCUGGUGUGAUCGAGACGGAAAAUGGUCUUAAGGCCCAAGCAGCAACGGGAAUGUCCAAGGACAUGGUGACACCUAUGGAGUUCGCUGUUGACGGCAUGGUCGGAAUGGCGACUUGCGAGGAGACCUCUGGCAAGUUUUUGUCUUUCGACAGCACGCCUCUGACCUGGUGA